AUGCGUGGAAACAAAUUGACAAAUGAGCAAAGAGACCAAAUAAUCGGUGCUUAUCUUGCGGGUUCAAAUGCCCCAAAAAUAUUAGCUGCGCUGAGUAUUGCCUGCACAACAGUAUAUGAAACUAUAAAUCGUUAUAAAAAAACUGGUUCUCCAUAUCCUAAAAAACGAUCUGGUCGUUCAAAAGUUCUUUCAUCCCGUGACCAACGUCCUUUACAAAGAAUUGUUUUAAAGGAUAGAUUUUCAUCUUUUAAUAAAGUUACAAACGAAUUAAACCUCAAUUUUAAUACAACUUAUCAUCUUAAUACCAUUCGUAACUAUCUUCAUAAUCUUGGUUUAAGAGCAAAACGUAGUUGGAAUAAGGAAUGGAAACGUAUUGUUUGGUCAGAUGAAUCGAGAUUUGCUUUAUUUAGAUCUGAUGGAUGUGCAAAA